GUAAAACUGUAAAAGAGAAUCGUGUAAAGUGAUGUUUCCUAAAAUAAAGGCAAUAUUCCUUUAUUGCCUUCCGUCAUUUUCCUUGACUUCCGUCAUUUUCCGUGACGUGAGGGAUAUACGCAAUAGUUGGAUCCUUCGAUCGCCCUCCGACCUCUCUCCCACUUCUUUUUACUCUGCUUUUUCUCUUUUACCUGCCUAAUUUGUUUCUUUCUCUGUCUGCUUGCUUCUGUUGUUUCCUGCGCUACACCGUAAUCGCCGAAAUGCCCAACAGGAAGCCAAGGGCCAGCCGAAGGGCACUCAAGGACAAAAACCCAUCUGGAAAUGCAGCCAAUAUCCUCGCAGGAAAGGUCUUGGAUGCCACUCCGAGCCCGAUCCAAACACCAUGGGACUCCAACCCAGAGAAGGAGAACCACGCGAGCCUCUCUCAGACUCGCACCUCCCCCAAGAAGUCAGCCAAAGUUGCGGCUUCUAAGAAACAGGCCAAGCAGAAGAAGACCCAACCGUCGUCAUUCGAGAAAGAACUCGAAGAAAUGCAAGAGAAGCUGCAAGCGAUGAAGCUCGAGAAGGAGAAAACCUUGGAGCUCUUGAAGGAGAAGAAUGAGAUCUUGAAGACCAAGGGGGAAGAUCUCGCAAUGAAGGGCCGAGAGCAAGACAAGCUUCAGAUGGAGUUGAAGAAGCUGCAGAAGCUCAAGGAGUUCAAACCCACCAUGGUGGAAAUGGAAAUGGAAAUGGAAAUGGACAUGGAUAUGGAAAUGGUGAGGAGCAAUCAGAGGAGAUUGGGGUACUGCUGCAUGAAAAAUGCAAGGCUGAUGGAGCUCCCCAUCGAAAUCCUUGACAACAUCUAUUUGAGGCUACCCGUAAGCUGUCUUUUUACCCUCAGAUGUGUCUCUAAGACAUCAAAGAACAUAGUCGACCGCCCUUGCUUUGUUACACAGCACAUGCGACAUUUGCUUUCGGCGCAAUCUACUUUUGCUUCCGAUCAGUUUAUGCUUCUUCAUCACCUUUUCUACGACUCUCUUUGUGGAUUUGCCUUUACACCACUGAAAUAUGAUGGCGUCAGCGCUGCCUUGAAGAGAAGCGAAGACUAUGCAAUCGUUUCUGAUAUUGUGUCCACAAAGAUCGGUGUUUCUUAUUCUUUGAGUUUUGUUUUCUACAACUUGUUUUUCUUUCGAGAUCAUGGCUAUAGUCGUCAACCGUACAAGAAGAAAGAAAGAAGUCCAUGCUUCUUAUUCAAUCCUUUAAAGGGAGAAGUUCUUCCACUCCCAACCACUGACAUCCAAUUUCCAUAUAGUUUUUCUGGAUCGUGCAAGGAAUGGUAUGGUAUGGGAUUUGAUGAUAUAACCAUCACUUACAAGAUUCUUCGUGUUUCUGGAGAUGAAGAUUCGACGAUAUGUCAACUUAGGGCCCAAAUUUAUGUACUAGGUACCGGCUCGUGGCGAGAGAUACCCUCAGUCCCUCCUCGUAAUUUAAGCAACAACCAUGCAUUUGCACAUGGAGACCAGCAUUGGUUGCUUUAUUUACCUGAUCACUCAAGUUGUAAUAAUAGAUACGUACUCGGUAUAUGUUCUUUUGACUACAAGAAAGAGGAGUUUUACUCGACUAUUCCUCUUCCCGAGCACAUGCAAAGUAAGUAUACUCCGCACUAUAUGGUCCUUUUGUGUCUUCACUUGCUUAAUCUUAAAGGACCUUUGGCCGUCGUGGACACUUUAUCAGAUGACUAUAUUGAGGUAUGGGUGUUGAAGAACUAUGAUACAAAAGAAUGGAGGCUAGAUUACAAGAUAGAAAACGCAAUUGUCAGAGGCGAGCUUAUUAACGUGACAUGUUGUGAAUGGGAGUAUGGCAUAUUCUUCACUAAAUCACAAGAGAUGCCAGAAAGUAUAAGGAUUACUAUCUUUGUGGAUUUUAGAUGUGGCUCCAUUAGUCAUGUAAACUUAUUUCCACCCAAACGCUAUUGGAAUACAAGCAUCUUGAGCUAUAAUGGGACCUUAAUGUCCCUAAAAAAUUAUGGGAAAUUGGUGAGACCUGACCCUACUACUGGAAGCAUCAGUGUCUAGUAACGGGAAAUUUGCCGGCAUUGUUUGAUGCAGCUGCAACUGCAAGGUAAGGAAAACUUGCGAUGUUGACGUUUUGGUGGACCGUUCCAUUGUAAUGCUUUUAUUGUUUUCCAGACUUGUGAUUUGUUUUGUUUCUCAUUUGAUGUUGUGAGUGAUGCAAAGGUUAUACAUUAGAUAAGUCUGCUUU